AUUAACCAAGCAAAGCUUAGCAAAGGACCCGAAAGAAAAAUGUGGGCGACCCGAACUUGCUUCUCCAUCUAAUUCCCAUCUCCCUUUCGACAAAAUUAAUUCUGAAGGAACUACAAAGCUCCGAGAUCUGUGAUCUAUCAUAAAACAGUAGAACUUUUGUUUGAGAAAAAGCUGAAUUUUGUGACGAUCAACAAUGGAUUCCCCGCGAGGAGUACCGGAGAGACACAAGGCGAACUCAACUUCUUCUUCUUCUACUACUCCCCUAGUCGCCGUUGCCACCUUCUGGAAAGACUUUGAUUUGGAGAAAGAAAGGAGUACACUGGAUGAACAAGGUCUUAGGAUAGCUGAAAAUCAAGAGAACAGUCAGAAGAACCGCCGAAAACUUGCAGAGAGCACUCGAGAUUUUAAAAAAGCUUCAAAUGAAGACAAGUUGAGCUUGUUCAACUCUUUGCUUAAGGGCUACCAAGAAGAGGUUGACAAUCUUACCAAGAGAGCUAAGUAUGGGGAAAAUGCAUUCCUUAACAUUUAUCAAAAACUAUAUGAGGCACCAGAUCCUUAUCCGGUCAUUGCUUCAAUUGCUGAAAAGGAUUCAAAACUAUCAGAAUUAGAGUCUGAGAACCGAAAAAUGAAGGUUGAACUUGAAGAAUUUCGCAUGGAAGCAACUCAUCUGAAAAAUCAACAAGCGACAAUAAGAAGACUUGAAGAGCGGUGCCGCCAGUUAGAGCAACAGAUGGAGGAAAAGGUCAAGCAAAUUGUAGAAAUCAAGCAACACAGUUUGGCAGAAGAGAACCAGAAAACACUUGAAGUUUUAAAAGAAAGGGAGCAAUUACUGCAGGAUCAAUUACGCCAAGCUAAAGAAAGUGUUUCGACCAUGCAAAAGUUGCAUGAACUUGCACAGAGCCAAUUGUUUGAAGUUCGUGCUCAAUCAGAGGAAGAGAGAGCCGCAAAGCAAUCAGAAUACAAUCUCUUAAUGGAUGAAGUUGAACGGGCUCAAGGUCGCCUUCUUAGUCUUGAAAGAGAAAAGGGAUUGUUGCGCUCACAAUUACAGACUGCACACGAAGAUAAUGAUCACAAAAACAGUGAUAAUUUGGAUGCAGAUAGUGCUCUUGAGAAUUCUCUGUAUGCCAAAGAGAAGAUUAUCGCUGAACUAAAUGUGGAACUUCAUAAGUUGGAGAACAUCUUAUCAAAUGAGCGAGAAGAACAUAUUAAUGAGAUAAAGAAGUUGAAUUCUCUGCUUAAUGAAAAGGAGGUUUCCCUUGAAGAACUAAAGAAAGAGCUCCAAACACGGCCUACAACAAAGCUGAUAGAUGAUUUGAGGAAGAAAGUAAAGAUCUUACAGGCUGUGGGUUAUAAUUCAAUUGAGGCUGAAGAUUGGGAAGUUGCUACCAGUGGGCAAGAGAUGAGCAAACUUGAGUCAUUACUUCUUGACAAGAAUCGAAAAAUGGAGCAUGAGCUAACACAGUUGAAGGUCCAACUUUCUGAGAGGACUUCUUUGCUGGAAUCGGCCGAAGCAAAGGUUGUAGAGCUGACUGCGAAGGUUAAUGAACAACAAAGGUUAAUACAGAAGCUAGAGGAUGAUAUUCUUCAGGGAUAUAGUUCUAAAGAUAGAAAAGGUACUCGAUUUGAUAAUUGGGAUCUAUCAGAGUCUGGUGGAACAGAGCCUUUGGAGAAUGACGAGCAGAGGCAUGUUUCGUCAGACCAAGAUCAAAGCUCGAUGCUUGAGGUGAUCUGCAACCAAAGAGACCGUUUCCGUGCUCGUUUGCGGGAGACUGAAGAGGAAAUUAGACAGCUGAAGGAGAAGUUAGGAGCACUGACCUCAGAACUUGAUAAAACAAAAGCUGAUAAUGUCAAACUUUAUGGGAAGAUCCGUUAUGUUCAGGAUUAUAAUUCUGAGAGAGUGAUUUCAAGAGGAUCAAAAAAGUAUGCAGAAGAUUUAGAAAGUGGUUUCAGCUCUGAUGUGGAAUCCAAAUACAAGAAGAUGUACGAGGAUGAUAUAAAUCCAUUUGCAGCAUUCUCGAAGAAGGAAAGAGAUCAAAGAUACAAGGAAUUAGGUUUGAGAGACAAGAUUACUCUCAGCAGUGGCCGUUUUCUUCUUGGUAACAAAUAUGCUCGGACAUUUGUAUUCUUCUAUACCAUUGGAUUACACAUUUUAGUAUUCACCUGCCUAUACAGGAUGUCAGCUUUGAGCUACCUCAGCCAUGGUGAAGAAUCUCUUGUAGGUGAUAAGAAUCUCAAUCUUCCUCAUGCACUAUAGACUCCUCCAUUGUAUCAAGUUUUUGCUAAUCGUAAGGGAACAAACUAAUUCUCCAUAUGAUGUAAAUAGUUGGGGAAAAAAUGCAUUAAUUGUUCCAUUCAAGUUUGAUAGUUCGAGAAAAAAUGAUGAAAUUCUAUUUUUCACAGGGUUUCUUUCCUUGUUUUUACUAUUUUUGGCCCUUGCUCCGCUGGUGCUGAUUCCAGUUUAUGCAGUAUAUACAAUUGAAAGGACAACACGAAGUUGAGAUAGACAUUCUUCUUUGAAUUUCAAGAAGCUUUCGUCCUUUAUUAAUUGUUUGUCGUUUCCUUUUUCUCUUUGUUUAUCUUAUUAUUAUUUCAUCCCAGGAAUGCUCGUCUUUAUUUCGACUACGUGUAUCGUGCUAUAGAGAAGUCAGUUUACAUUAAAUAAGCGAUGCUUCAAUUGAGAUAUCAAGCAAAUCGAUUUUUAUUUGUAGUUUCUUCCAUUUUUGUAUUCCAUUCUAGUGGAACACUUUCUUAUUUAGGA